AUGGUGCAUGUUGAUUUUUUUAACUUUAAAGUAUGUGUCCAUUUUCCAAACGCCUUCCAGACUCCACCACAACCCUACAUAAACCUGCAGGCCAGGUUCCCAGACAGACCUAGUUUCCGAGUCCGCAGUUGCCGAAUUCCGAGGUUCGAUCCUGAAAAUUGGAAUGCCCCACCAACUAUCCGCCGAAACAAUUGUUAUAACUAUGCUACACAGAGACAGACAAAUAGCUUUGCUCAACCAGGCCGAGCGUCUGGUCGAGGUUUCUCCAGACCUAUGACAGCCCGGAGUGUUCUCAGCGCCACAUUUCGUGAUGGUCUGAUUCCACUGCCCUUCUUCAACCCAAGAAUGUUCCCAGGAAUAUGUUACAUAGCUUUGGCCAUCUGGCCGGACACAGACUACCAUUUCUACCGGCUCGACAGUAAUAUGCUUUGGUCCCAUAAGCCUGGUAAAACCAUGGCCAAGAAUACGGACAAUAGUGGUGAUCUGAUUGUUGACCCUAGACAUGCCGACAGAGGACAAUAUACGAUAUUUGCAGGUUACCUUGGAAACCAUCCCGGUGUUAGGGUUAUUUAAGCCAUCCUAUGCACAAUCAUGCCGUUUAUCAGUAUUAUUGUAAUUCGACAGGGUUUUAAUCUUACAAAUAUAAAUUUACAGAUUUGAUUUACGUUUUUCUCUAAACUAUUUUGAUUAAAGUUUAAAAUGAAAUAAAAAUAAAACAUGAAUAAUUUGUCCGUUUACACAGCAGCUCGUAUGACAUAGAAAUUAAAUGUC